AUGAAGCACCUCGUGAUAGUAUUGUGUGCAGUGGCGGUGGGUUACUCCAGUCCGAUAGCCCAGGAAGAUUCUGUGUUACGAUUGGUCGUUGGAAAUUUUGUGAAUUGCAUGAACAGUGAUUUAACUUUGUGUUUGAAGGAACAUGCACUCACUGCAGCGGAAAGACUUGGUACCGUUCGUAAAUUGAACAUUUUCGAUGGGGUAACAGUAUACAACAAUGGUGCUAAAGAAGCUAGGAGCUAUGAAGCCCUCUCAAGCGACCCUGAAACCAGAAGCAAGCAAAUCACUAAAAGACUUUGGGAGAGUACUACAGAUUUGCUACAGAAGAGCGAUCUUGAGCUGAGCCUCCCUGGUGCUGAAGAUGAAGAAGAGUCCAGAGCUAUUGGUGAUGUUGAUGAAGGUCGUGGCAAGAAAAAGAAACAGCUGAAGAAGAAACUCAAGCUCCUCAUUCCUCUUGCUAUCUUGGCUAAAGCGAAAGCCAUCGCUUUAGUCGUCUUCGCCCUUCUGGUUAUCGCUGCAUCCGUCUUCAAGUUAGCUGUGCUCGCCAAGAUAGCUUUCAUCGCCAAGGUUAUUGCUAUCAUCAAGGCUCUCAUCGCCAAGAAGCAUGCUCAAGAAGACCACGGUUGGGCACCACCCCAUGAGGAGCACGUCCAUGCUGGUGGUAGCGGAUGGGAAGGUGGCUGGUCUCGUUCAAGAAACGAAGCCAACAGCUUGGCUUACUCUGCUUACCAACAAUAG